AAGGUCAGUAGCUCUUGUCGCAUGGGCUAGCGUAAUGGGUUACAUAGCCUUAUUGCCUGUUAGGUUUGUUGGCGAAAUACAUUUCUACGUAACCCGUUUUAUUUCGCCUCUCAAAAGUGUUGCAGCUUAAACAGCGGUAUAUGUGUGUUUAAUUUAAUUGGUACAACAAGCUGCACAAUGGCUUCUGCUGACCUACUUACUAAAUUUACUGAAGUUAAAAAUGACUUUGAGAGUUACCUUGACAAAUUUGUUGAUCUACUGCAUCGAAAUCAUCCCAAAAGUCUUACGUUAGCGAAAAAGCAUUUCCAAAAUGUAACAUCAUAUAAUUUAUCUAGUGGAAAACGAAUUCGAGGUACACUAGUUGUACUCUCCUUUAUGGUGUUCAGUAAAGAAAGGAAUAACUGCGAGAAAAAAUUAUCGUUUGCUUACUUUAUGGGUUGGUGUAUUGAAUUGUUGCAUGCAGGAUUCCUUAUUUUGGACGACAUAAUUGACAAUUCUACGCUGAGACGUGGUCAACCAUGCUGGUAUUGUACACAGUUAGACUUAGAUCGUGGACUAAUUGGAAUCAAUGACGGUUUACAUUUGAUUUUAUCAUCCAAAUACUUGAUCCAUUCAAUAUUUACUCAAAAUCACGAUGCUAGUAACUCAUCACUUUGGAAGGAUAAGAACAACGUAUAUCUCAAGUUAUGCAAAUUAUUUGAUGAAGUUAGCUAUAAUACUUGUUCUGGUCAGUGUUUAGAUAUACUGUCAUCGAAUCCUAAAAAUCAAUGUAUGUGUGAUGAAAAGCAUGACAGGGAAGAAUUUGAUCAUUUUUUACGGAAUUAUUCAGUGGAUGUUUUUGAGGCUAUAACACACUGGAAAACUGGUUUUUAUACCUUUUAUCUACCAGUUGCUUGUGGGAUGAUUUUGGCUGAGGUUGAUGCAGAUAAUAUCUUAGAAGAUGUUCAACAUAUCCUUCUCCAAAUGGGCAAAUACUUCCAGGCUCAAGAUGACUUUUUAGAUUGCUUCGGUGAUAGUAAAAUCACAGGGAAAAUGGGAACUGAUAUAGCAGAAGGUAAAUGUUCUUGGCUCAUUGUGGAAGCAUUGAAAUAUCUUUCAAACGAUCAAUGUAAAAUACUUCAGGUAUACAUUACUGAUUAUUCGAGUAUCUAGUCUGCGGAAUUAGUGAUCAACCGCAGUAGUGUUUAUUUCGUAUUUUUCACUACAUAUUCUUCGUUUGUAAUGGUUUAUCGUUAUGCUGAUAUAACACUAGAUCAUGUUCUGUGUGAAAAAUGGAUUAAAAUAGCCUUGAUGACUUUCAUUGUGGUCAAUAAAUAAUUAGAAUUCAGAAAAUAAGUGAACCUCAGUCAAAAAUAAUGUGCAGUUUCUUACAAAUUGCUACUGAAAAUUUCACUUUUCUAUAAAAUUCGCAUUCAUACUUCAUUUGACUAUCUUACUCGCACUUUCCUAAGCCUUUUGCUAAUUAAUAAUCUCCAGUCUUUCCGUAUUAUUCUUAUUUGUAUAAAGUGAUCACUGAUACAGCUGGGUGGUAGUCCUAACAUUUAACCCAGUUUCCUAGGGAGAAUUUCAAUAUUUAUAAAUUUAUACCAACUCUUGAUUUUCUAUCUGGAAACUUUGUACAUAUGUAUAUGAAAAGAACUUACUAUUAAUGUAUUGUCACCUACUACCUUCAGCCUUUGUUUAUGACGUUUGUAUAUUUCUAAUUCUAGGAGAAUUAUGGUAAGCCUGAUCCUGAGUCACAAAAAAUUGUUCGUAAUUUGUACAGUGCAAUCAAGUUGCCAGAAAAAUUCCGUUUGUAUGAAGAAAACGCUAAAGCUGAGAUUAUGACAAGUAUUCAAGAAUUUGUUUAUCCAGAUAACUCUUCUUAUGACCCCCGUGAAUUAUUUAUUUUUAUUGUAGACUUACUUUUCCAACGUGCUUCUUAACGUAAAAUGCUGCAAAUUUAAUGAGUACUCUUUUUCAUCUUUCCUCUACUCUUUCUUCGUCUAUCCACUUCUGUUAAUCUGGUAAAACCUCUUUUCUUACUGAUGAUUGGGAUUUUCAAAUGUAAACAGGUUAUAUACUAAAGUAUUUUGGACUGUAUUUUGAAGUUUGUUGUAUAUUAAGUAUAUUUGAAAAUGCUCCAUGAAUUUUACAAACAACGUUCCC